CCCCCUUGUCUCUCCCCUUUCUGGGGGACGCUUCGCCGAAGGUAGCGCGGAUUCCGGCAGCAGCCGGAGGCAGGGCGCGAAGCGAAGAAGCCGGAACAAAGUGAGGGGGAGCCAGCCGGCUGGCCCGGGGGACCCCGGGGGCCCAGGGGAAGCAGCGGGACUCGCGCCAGGCGGGGCUUCCCUACGAUCCGGCGCCCCGCGGGCAGCAUGCCCCUGCGGGCAGGGGGAGCUGGGCUGAACUGGCCCUCCCGGGGGCUCAGCCUGAGCCCUAGAGCCCCCCAGAUGUGCCCCCGCCGGGGUCCCCCGGUUGCGUGAGGACACCUCCUCUGAGGGGGGCCGCUCGCCCCUCUCCGGAACCCCGGGGCCCCGGCUGGCCAGAGAAUGGACGAGGAGGAGGAUGGAGCGGGCACCGAGGAGUCGGGACAGCCCCGGAGCUUCAUGCAGCUUAACGACCUGUCUGGGGCCGGGGGCCGGCCGGAGCCGGGGUCGGCGGAAAAGGACCCGGGCAGCGCGGACUCCGAGGCGGAGGGGCUGCCGUACCCGGCGCUGGCCCCGGUGGUUUUCUUCUACUUGAGCCAGGACAGCCGCCCGCGGAGCUGGUGUCUCCGCACGGUCUGUAACCCUUGGUUUGAGCGCAUCAGCAUGUUGGUCAUUCUUCUCAACUGUGUGACCCUGGGCAUGUUCCGGCCAUGUGAGGACAUCGCCUGUGACUCCCAGAGGUGCCGAAUUCUGCAGGCCUUUGAUGACUUCAUCUUUGCCUUCUUCGCUGUGGAAAUGGUGGUGAAGAUGGUGGCCUUGGGUAUCUUCGGGAAGAAAUGUUACCUGGGAGACACUUGGAACCGGCUUGACUUUUUCAUUGUCAUUGCAGGGAUGCUGGAGUAUUCACUGGACCUGCAGAAUGUCAGCUUCUCAGCUGUCAGGACAGUCCGUGUGCUGCGACCACUCCGGGCCAUUAACCGCGUGCCCAGCAUGCGUAUCUUGGUCACCUUGCUGCUAGACACACUACCCAUGCUGGGCAAUGUCCUGCUACUCUGCUUCUUCGUCUUCUUCAUCUUUGGCAUCGUUGGUGUCCAGCUGUGGGCAGGGCUGCUUCGGAACCGAUGCUUCCUCCCUGAGAAUUUCAGCCUACCCCUGAGCGUGGACCUGGAGCGCUAUUACCAGACAGAGAACGAGGACGAGAGCCCCUUCAUCUGCUCCCAGCCACGGGAGAACGGCAUGCGGUCCUGCAGGAGUGUGCCCACGCUGCGAGGGGAGGGUGGCGGCGGCCCGCCCUGUGGUUUAGACUACAACGCUUACAACAGCUCCAGCAAUACCACCUGUGUCAACUGGAACCAGUACUACACCAACUGCUCUGCAGGCGAGCACAACCCUUUCAAGGGCGCCAUCAAUUUCGACAACAUCGGCUAUGCCUGGAUCGCUAUCUUCCAGGUCAUCACGCUGGAGGGCUGGGUCGACAUCAUGUACUUUGUGAUGGAUGCUCACUCCUUCUACAACUUCAUCUACUUCAUCCUCCUCAUCAUCGUGGGCUCUUUCUUCAUGAUCAACCUGUGCCUGGUGGUGAUUGCCACACAGUUCUCAGAGACCAAGCAACGGGAGAGCCAGCUAAUGCGGGAGCAGCGUGUGCGAUUCCUGUCCAACGCCAGCACUCUGGCUAGCUUCUCUGAGCCUGGCAGCUGCUAUGAGGAGUUGCUGAAGUACCUGGUGUACAUCCUUCGCAAGGCAGCUCGCAGGCUGGCCCAGGUCUCUCGGGCUGCAGGCGUGCGGGCUGGGUUACUGAGUAGCCCAGCAGCCCUCGGGGGCCAGGAGCCCCAGCCCAGUGGCACCUGCUCUCGCUCACACCGCCGCCUGUCCGUCCACCACCUGGUCCACCACCACCACCAUCACCAUCACCAUUACCACCUGGGCAAUGGAACGCUCAGGGCCCCACGGGCCAGCCCGGAGAUCAAAGAUAGGGAUGCCAGUGGGUCCCGCCGGCUCAUGCUGCCACCACCCUCGACACCCACCCUCUCUGGGGGCCCUCCAGGGGGUGCCGAGUCUGUGCACAGCUUCUAUCAUGCUGACUGCCACUUGGAGCCAGUCCGUUGCCAGGCGCCCCCUCCCCGGUCCCCAUCUGAGGCGUCUGGCAGGACUGUGGGUAGUGGGAAAGUGUACCCUACUGUGCACACCAGCUCUCCACCAGAGAUGUUGAAGGAGAAGGCGCUAGUUGAAGUGGCCCCCAGCUCUGGGCCCCCCAUACUCACCAGCCUCAACAUCCCACCUGGGCCCUACAGCUCCAUGCAUAAGCUGCUGGAGACACAGAGUACAGGUGCCUGCCACAGCUCCUGCAAGGUCUCCAGUCCCUGUUCCAAGGCAGAUAGUGGAGCCUGUGGCCCAGACAGCUGCCCCUAUUGUACCCGAGUGGGCACAGGAGAACUGGAGCCCCCUGAGCACGAGCUGCCUGACUCAGACAGCGAAGCUGUUUACGAGUUUACACAGGAUACACAGCACAGUGACCUCCGUGACCCUCACAGUCGACGACGGCGGAGCCUGUGUCCAGACACAGAGCCCAGCCCUGUGUUGGUCUUCUGGAGGCUGAUCUGUGACACUUUCCGAAAGAUUGUGGAUAGCAAAUACUUUGGCCGGGGAAUCAUGAUCGCUAUCCUGGUCAAUACCCUCAGCAUGGGCAUCGAGUACCACGAGCAGCCUGAAGAGCUCACCAAUGCCCUGGAGAUUAGCAACAUUGUCUUCACCAGCCUCUUUGCCCUGGAGAUGCUGCUGAAGCUGCUCGUAUAUGGCCCCUUUGGCUACAUCAAGAACCCCUACAACAUCUUUGAUGGUGUCAUUGUUGUCAUCAGCGUGUGGGAGAUCGUGGGCCAGCAGGGGGGUGGCCUGUCGGUGCUGCGGACCUUCCGCCUGAUGAGGGUGCUGAAGCUGGUGCGCUUCCUGCCGGCGCUGCAGCGGCAGCUCGUGGUGCUUAUGAAGACCAUGGACAACGUGGCCACCUUCUGCAUGCUGCUCAUGCUCUUUAUCUUCAUCUUCAGCAUCCUGGGCAUGCAUCUCUUUGGCUGCAAGUUUGCAUCUGAGCGGGACGGGGACACACUGCCAGACCGGAAGAAUUUUGACUCCCUGCUCUGGGCCAUCGUCACUGUGUUUCAGAUCCUGACCCAAGAGGACUGGAACAAAGUUCUCUACAAUGGCAUGGCCUCCACAUCAUCCUGGGCUGCGCUUUACUUCAUUGCCCUCAUGACCUUUGGCAACUAUGUGCUCUUUAAUCUGCUGGUCGCCAUUCUGGUGGAGGGCUUCCAGGCAGAGGAAAUCAGCAAACGGGAAGAUGCGAGUGGACAGUUAAGCUGUAUUCAGCUGCCUGUCGACUCCCAGGGGGGAGAUGCCACUAAGUCCGAAUCAGAGCCUGAUUUCUUCUCACCCAGCGUGGAUGGCGAUGGGAACAGGAAGAAGCACUUGGCCUUGGUGUCCCUAGGAGAGCACCCGGAGCUUCGGAAGAGCCUGCUACCACCUCUCAUCAUCCACACGGCUGCCACACCCAUGUCGCUGCCCAAGAGCUCCAGCACCGGCCCUGGAGAGGCUCUGGGCUCCAGUUCCCGCUGUACUAGCAACAGUGGGUCUGCUGAGCCUGGGGCAGUCCAUGAGAUGAAGUCACCGCCCAGUGCCCGCAGCUCCCCACAUAGCCCUUGGAGUGCAGCAAGCAGCUGGACCAGCAGGCGCUCCAGCCGCAACAGCCUGGGUCGUGCCCCAAGCCUGAAGCGAAGGAGUCCUAGUGGGGAGAGAAGGUCCCUGUUGUCCGGUGAGGGCCAGGAGAGCCAGGAUGAGGAUGAGAGCUCAGAAGAAGAGCGGGCAAGCCCAGCAGGCAGUGACCGGCGCCAUCGAGGCUCCCUGGAGCGUGAAGCCAAGAGCUCCUUCGACCUGCCCGACACACUGCAGGUGCCCGGGCUGCACCGCACAGCCAGUGGCCGCAGCUCUGCCUCUGAGCACCAGGACUGCAAUGGCAAGUCAGCUUCGGGGCGCCUGGCCCAGGCCCUGCGGCCCGAUGACCCACCGCUAGAUGGGGAUGAUGCGGACGAUGAGGGAAACCUGAGCAAAGGGGAACGGAUCCGAGCCUGGAUCCGAGCCAGGCUCCCUGCCUGCUGCCGUGAGCGAGACUCCUGGUCUGCCUACAUCUUCCCUCCUCAGUCGAGAUUCCGCCUCCUUUGUCACCGGAUUAUCACCCACAAGAUGUUUGACCAUGUGGUCCUCGUCAUCAUCUUCCUCAACUGUAUCACCAUUGCCAUGGAGCGCCCCAAAAUUGACCCCCACAGUGCUGAGCGCAUCUUCCUGACCCUCUCCAACUACAUCUUCACUGCAGUCUUUCUGGCUGAAAUGACAGUAAAGGUGGUGGCUCUGGGCUGGUGCUUCGGGGAGCAGGCGUACCUGCGCAGCAGCUGGAAUGUGCUGGACGGGCUGCUGGUGCUCAUCUCAGUCAUCGACAUCCUGGUGUCCAUGGUCUCCGACAGUGGUACCAAGAUCCUGGGCAUGCUGAGGGUGCUGCGGCUGCUGCGGACCCUGCGCCCGCUCAGGGUAAUCAGCCGGGCCCAGGGUCUGAAACUGGUGGUGGAGACACUGAUGUCCUCCCUGAAGCCCAUCGGCAACAUUGUGGUCAUCUGUUGUGCCUUUUUCAUCAUUUUUGGCAUCCUGGGGGUUCAGCUCUUCAAAGGGAAGUUCUUCGUGUGCCAGGGUGAAGACACUAGGAAUAUUACCAACAAGUCUGACUGUACUGAGGCCAGCUACCGGUGGGUUCGACACAAGUACAACUUUGACAAUCUUGGCCAGGCUCUAAUGUCGCUGUUUGUGCUGGCCUCCAAAGAUGGUUGGGUGGACAUCAUGUACGAUGGGCUUGAUGCUGUGGGCGUGGACCAGCAGCCCAUCAUGAACCAUAACCCCUGGAUGCUUCUGUACUUCAUCUCGUUCCUGCUCAUCGUGGCCUUCUUUGUCCUGAACAUGUUUGUGGGUGUGGUGGUGGAGAAUUUCCACAAGUGCCGGCAGCACCAAGAGGAGGAGGAGGCAAGGCGGCGGGAGGAGAAGCGGCUGCGGAGACUGGAGAAAAAGAGAAGGAAUCUAAUGUUGGACGAUGUAAUUGCUCCCGGCAGCUCAGCCAGCGCUGCUUCAGAAGCCCAAUGCAAGCCCUACUACUCAGACUACUCCCGCUUCCGGCUGCUCGUCCAUCACCUGUGCACCAGCCACUACCUGGACCUCUUCAUCACCGGUGUCAUCGGGUUGAAUGUGGUCACUAUGGCUAUGGAACAUUACCAGCAGCCCCAGAUCCUGGAUGAGGCGCUGAAGAUCUGCAAUUACAUCUUCACUGUCAUCUUCGUCUUGGAGUCUGUUUUCAAACUAGUGGCCUUUGGCUUCCGUCGGUUCUUCCAGGACAGGUGGAACCAGCUGGACCUGGCCAUUGUGCUGCUGUCCAUCAUGGGCAUCACGUUGGAGGAGAUCGAGGUCAAUGCCUCGCUGCCUAUCAACCCCACCAUCAUCCGUAUCAUGCGGGUGCUUCGCAUUGCCCGAGUGCUGAAGCUGUUGAAGAUGGCUGUGGGCAUGCGGGCGCUGCUGGAUACAGUGAUGCAGGCUCUGCCCCAGGUGGGGAACCUGGGACUUCUCUUCAUGUUGUUAUUUUUCAUCUUUGCAGCUCUGGGUGUGGAGCUCUUUGGAGACCUGGAGUGUGACGAGACACACCCUUGUGAGGGCCUGGGCCGGCAUGCCACCUUCCGGAACUUUGGCAUGGCCUUCCUGACCCUCUUCCGAGUCUCCACAGGUGACAACUGGAACGGCAUUAUGAAGGACACCCUGCGGGACUGUGACCAAGAAUCUACCUGCUACAACACGGUCAUCUCACCCAUCUACUUCGUGUCCUUCGUGCUCACGGCCCAGUUCGUGUUGGUGAAUGUGGUGAUUGCCGUACUGAUGAAACACCUGGAGGAAAGCAACAAAGAGGCCAAGGAGGAAGCUGAGCUGGAGGCCGAGCUGGAGCUGGAGAUGAAGACACUCAGUCCACAACCCCACUCACCACUGGGCAGCCCUUUCCUUUGGCCUGGGGUUGAGGGCCCUGACAGCCCCGACAGCCCUAAAUCCAGGGCCCCCCAUGCAGUGGCCCAUGCCGGAGCAGCCUCACACUUCUCUCUGGAGCACCCCACGGACAGACAGCUGUUUGACACCAUCUCCCUGCUGAUCCAGGGCUCCCUGGAGGGGGAGCUGAAGUUGAUGGAAGAGCUGGCAUCCCCAGGGGGCCAGCCCUCUGCCUUCCCUUCCGCCCCCAGUCUGGGCGGCUCCGACCCGCAGAUCCCUCUAGCUGAGAUGGAGGCUCUGUCUCUGACGUCAGAGAUUGUGUCUGAACCGUCCUGCUCUCUAGCUCUGACGGAUGACUCUUUGCCUGAUGACACUCACACACUCUUACUUAGUGCCCUGGAGAGCAAUAUGGAGCCCCACGUCAAGGAGGUACCCCUCACACUGGGACCCGAUUUGCUGACUGUGCGCAAGUCUGGGGUCAGCCGGACGCACUCUCUGCCCAAUGACAGCUACAUGUGCCGGAAUGAGAGCACUGCGGAGGGGCCCCUGGGACACGGAGGCUGGGGGCUUCCCAAAGCCCCGUCAGGCUCCAUCUUGUCGGUCCACUCCCAGCCAGCAGAUACCAGCUAUGUCCUGCAGCUUCCCAAAGAUGCACCACAUUUGCUCCAGCCUCACAGUGUCCCUACCUGGGGCACCAUCCCUAAAAUUCCCCCACCCGGCCGCUCCCCUCUGGCUCAGAGGCCACUCAGGCGCCAGGCAGCAAUAAGGACCGAUUCCUUGGACGUGCAGGGCCUGGGCAGCCGGGAAGACCUGUUGUUGGAGGUGGGCAGGCCCUCCCCACCUCUGGUUCGUUCCUCCUCCUUCUGGGGCCGGUCCAGCAUCCAGGUACAGCCACAUUCCCACAGCAAGCUCCAGUUGAAGCACAUGCCCCCACCAGCCCCCUGCCCAGGCCUGGAUCCUAAUUGGGGCAAAGACCCUCCAGAGACCAGAAGCAGCUUAGAGCUGGACACAGAGCUGAGCUGGAUUUCAGGAGACCUCCUGCCUACCAGCAGCCAGGAUGAGCCCCCAUCCCCACGGGACCUGAAGAAGUGCUACAGUGUGGAGGCUCAGAGUGGCCGGCGCCGGCCUGCAUCCUGGCUGGAUGAUCAGAGGAGGCACUCCAUCGCGGUCAGCUGUCUGGACAGUGGCUCUCAGUCCCGCCUGGGUCCAGACCCCUCAAGCCUUGGGGGUCAGUCUCUUGGAGGCCCUGGGAGCCGGCCCAAGAAAAAACUCAGCCCACCCAGUAUCUCUAUAGACCCUCCGGAGAACCAGGGCCCUCGAACCCCAUCCAGCCCUGGCAUCUGCCUCCGGAGGAGAGCUCCAUCCAGCGACUCCAAGGAUCCCUUGGCCUCUGGCCUCCCUGACAGCAUGGCUGCCUCGCCCUCCCCAAAGAAAGAUGUACUGAGUCUCUCUGGUUUGUCCUCUGACCCAGCAGACCUGGACCCUUGAGUCCCACCCACUCUCUCACUCACCUUUCUCCACUGGGUGCACAUCUUAACUCCUCCUGGGCCAUAUGCCUGAGAAGUUCCAUAGAGACACCUACGAGGCUGUCCUCCCCGCCUCCAUGGUUCUGGACACCUGCAAGCAGGACUUCCAGAGAGUCCGAAGCGCAGCCCUGGCAAUUCCGGCUCCAGGCAGAAAGCAAGGGAGAGGCCCAGCAUGGCCGAGGUUCCCACACCAGGAGCUAUUGGGAGAAAGCAAUACGUUUGUGCAGAAUCUCUAUGUAUAUUCUAUUUUAUUAAAUUAAUUGAAUCUAGUAUAUGCCGGAUGUACGACAUUUUGUGACUGAAGAGACUUGUUUCCUUCUACUUUUAUGUGUCUCAGAAUAUUUUUGAGGCGAAGGCGUCUGUCUCUUGGCUAUUUUAACCUAAAACAACCAGUCUAGUUAUUCCCUCUUCUUGUAAAGCACAAGCUGGGACCUUGCGUGCAUUUCCAGCCCCGACAGGGGCCUAUCUUCUGCGGAGAGUGAGAAUCAUUUUGGAAACUGUAAUGUAACUUAUUUUCUCCUUUAAUCUCCUCAUCAUUUUCUGUAGGGGGAAAAAAAAACAAAAAAAAAGAGAAAAAGGAAAAAAAUGAGAUUUUACAAAUGAAAUGGAACCUUUUUAUAUAUACAUACAUACAUAUCUAUAUAUCUAUAUAUCUAUAUAAAAUAAAGUAAUUUUCCAAAAUAA